AAUCACCGACUGCAAAAAAAAGUUCCGGAGUCCCUUCAUAAAAAAAAAGUUCCCGAGUCUUCUUACCCUUUCUGGGUUUCCAAUUCCGCAACGGAAAAGGAAAUCCAAAUCCUAGCGGACUUCGGAAAAGUUGUACCUUUAUAAACUUCUCAGAUCUCACCAAAAGAAAUGUCCCACCCCGAUUGCCAAGCGAGACUGAUUUCGGAAACAAUCAUGUAUCGGUCCCAGUCUCUCGAAAGGAGGAGAAGAACCCUAAAGAAGAAAGCAGAGGAGCUCUCAACCCUCUGCGGGAUCGACGUCGCUUACGUCCGCUUCGAUCACAACGGCAGAGUCGAUACGUGGCCGGAAGACCCAAACAAGGUCAAGAGCAUCAUUCUCAAAUACAGAGAGGUCAAUUCUAAUGAGAAACUCUCCGCCGGCGGUUCCCCUGCUUCCUCCGACGGCUGCAGCCGCGAAAUCCGCGGAACCCCGGAGACUAAUCGGGACCUGAAGCCAGACGAGGAAUUGUUGGCGUCGCAUAGAUCGGUGGAAGAGAAGUUGGAGAAGGUGAGAAGGAGAAUUAUGAAUCUAGAAGGCAAUGAGAAAAGCCGGAAGAAAAGAAGGCGGCGAAUUUACGACCUGCAAACACUGAAUUUGAUCGAUUCGGUGGGUUUGUCGCCGGCGUAUUCCGGAACAGAGCAUCUUUGUUCCAGCAGUAGCAGGACUAAUUCUUCACCAAGUUGUGGUUCGUCGAUGAUUACUGGAAUCACGUCUCCUGACCGAAGCAAUUCUCAAAUCUCCGACCCCAAAUCGGAAUGGGGCGCUCUAAUUUCGCUGUAAAGCCCUUUUUUCCCCAAUUGAAUGUGGAAAUCGGUAUUAACAUCAGAAAGGGGUGAUUUUGCUGUAACCCUUUCUCUCCUUUAGCAUCUGUAGUUCGAUCAUAUUGAAGUAUAAAUUCUAAAGCUCUGAAAUUUCUUUAUAUGCUGCACUUGGAAAUUUCAAAUUUGGGAGUCUAGCGUAGGGAACGAUAACCCUGUAAUAGAGGUUGAUUUUUUCCUAGAAUCCAAGUAGAGAUUGGACCACAGAGUCCAUCGCUGGCUCUUGUUCUCCGUCUUCUUCAAGACACGACAGGCCCAAUUUCAACAACUCUCAAGCAAGAAUGAUGGAGGCGGCCCAAAAAGCCAGCCCAGAUGGCCCAAGAACGCAGUCAUCCUUUUCGUUGAACCGUAGCGGGCUGGACUUUAAACCGUUCCUUCCGUGGUUUUUUUUUCCAUAGAAACCCUUACGGAUUAACUAGUUAAGCACGAGAUAGCCACAAUACAACGGCUUCUUUGUGAAAUGAUAGUCAAAGCAAAUAAGAACAAUUGAAACGAACACUACAAGAGCCAGAGUAGCAUAAGGCAUUACGUGCCACAACAUGUGCAGCCCGAUUGGCUUCUCUAGGAGUAGAGGUGGGCAAACAGUUCGGUAAACCCGAACCGAACUGAACCGAAUUAAUGCUAUUCGGUUCGGAAUUCGGAAGGAAAAUAUGGAUAGUUCGGAAAUUAGGGUUCUUUCAACCAAAAUGAAUUUCCGACCGAAAAACCGAAAUACUAUAAUUGCAAGCUCCAAAUGAUGGAUUUUUAUGUUUGUAGUUGUUUUUAGACUUAAAUAUUUGAAAUGUUUUAUGACUUAUGUGUUGAAAAGUUUGGUUUUAUCAUUGAUGAUGCAUGUAACUGAUAUUUAUUGUUUAUAUUAGGGGUGAAAAAUAAUUUUAAAGUGAGAAAAUACAAGUAGCUUCACAAAUUCGGUUUUGUGUGAAAAAUCGAACCGAAACGAAUUAUAGUUUGGUUUAAACCGACCGAUCCGAAUUAUAACUCGGUUCGAAUUCGGUUUGAGGUUUGGGAGAAUUCAGAGACCCGGUAUUCAUAAUUUUGGUUCGGUCGAAACCGAACCGACCGAAUGCCCACCCCUAUCUAGGAGUAAAAGCAACAGAAACUAACGGCAGUUCUUGCAACAUAUAGAUGACUUCUCGUAAGAUAGCCUCCACAAGGGCAUCCUUGGCAUCAGAUGCCUUCAAAUGUUGUACAACCGCAAGAGCAUCACUUGUGAUCACGAUCGGUCGAUCCUGCCACUACCAUUGUCGAAGUAAUAAUAGAGCUUCUCUAAUUGCCAACACCUCCAUGAUCUUAGGAUGAAAAAGGCCUGGGAAGAAACCACCCAUUGCAAAAACUGGCACAUUCUGAUCCAAACCCACCACUCCAAUUGCGCCAUGAGUUGGAGCACUGGUCUCCCCAUCAACUGCAAUGCGAAAAGUAGAUUGAAGCGUUGAAUGAGGAUAUGGCUGAGGUCUGGGUGGCGGCGACUGAUUGGGGAGGACAACAAUUUGAUGAGAGGCAUGAUGAGAUAAUAGGUGACGGUACAAGGCUUCUGUGGUUUACUAUAAUGUUUUAACGAGUGAAUUUUUGUUCACAAAAACAUUUUCAGAAAAUAACGUCUAUUAGCAUUAAAUCAUAAAACGGAGAAGAAAUGGCGUUGGAUCGAAAAAAAUAAUUUAAACAAGUUUGAGGACUGUCAGUUAGAGUGAUCAGUUGGAUCAUGGAUGAACUGUAAAGGGUAAGUCAGUGCCUAUAUGGUAAAAUCUUGUCAUACAAGUCUUAUCUAAUUAACUUGAUGAUGGUGCUAUUUAAUCAGCUUCAGUCUGACGAUGUAGCACCCCAUAUGAUUAAUAAAGUUCAUACAGAUUC